ACUCAACUUGACAUCCUACUUUCACCGAAUCGAGCUACUCUUGAAUAUCAUCAUCAUAACAAUGGCAACUGCUCGAGUAGCCCUCAAACCAUCAUCUCGUUCAAUAUCUUCAGCCAUCAAUUUGCCUAAUUGUUCAUCGUCUCGUCGAACCUUUGCCACUAUCUCGCCCGAAGUUCCGGUUCCUCCAGUCAAGACGCAUGGUGGAUUACGUGAUUCAGAUCGAAUCUUUCAAAAUGCUUAUAUGCGUCAUGACCAUCUAUUGAAGGGUGCUCAGGCUCGCGGAGAUUGGCAUCGUACAAAAGACAUCAUUCUCAAAGGUCACGAUUACCUCAUUAAAGAAAUCAAAGACUCAGGUCUCAGAGGUCGUGGUGGUGCAGGUUUUCCAUCAGGUCUUAAAUGGUCUUUCAUGAACAAACCUGGAUUUGAAAAAGAUCCUAGACCAAGAUAUUUAGUAGUCAAUGCCGAUGAAGGAGAACCAGGAACUUGUAAGGAUCGAGAGAUCAUGCGAGGCGAUCCUCAUAAAUUGGUCGAAGGUUGUCUCGUUGCUGGUCGAGCCAUGAAUGCUUCUGCUGCCUACAUUUACAUUCGAGGAGAGUUUAUCAUGGAAGCUGCCCAUUUACAAAACGCCAUCGAAGAAGCCUACAAAGCCGGUCUAAUCGGCAAGAAUGCAUGUAAUUCGGGUUACGACUUUGAUGUCUACCUUCAUCGAGGUGCAGGUGCCUACAUUUGUGGAGAGGAGACAGCUUUGAUUGAGUCUUUAGAAGGAAAGCAAGGCAAACCAAGAUUGAAACCUCCAUUCCCGGCCGAUGUCGGUCUAUUUGGUUGUCCGACUACGGUUGCGAAUGUCGAAACGGUGGCUGUAGCACCUACGAUCAUCAGGCGAGGCGCUAGUUGGUUCAACAGUUUUGGAAGAGAACGUAACAGCGGUACCAAAUUGUUCUGCAUCAGUGGACAUGUCAACACACCCUGUGUGGUUGAGGAGGAGAUGUCUAUCCCUCUACGUGAUUUGAUUGACAAGCACUGUGGUGGAGUUAUCGGAGGUUGGGAUAACUUACUUGGUAUCGUUCCUGGAGGCUCAUCUGUACCAGUUUUGACCAAACCCGAAUGCGAGGAAGCCUUGAUGGACUUUGAUUCUCUCAAAGACUUACAAUCUGGAUUAGGCACAGGAGCAGUGAUUGUGAUGAACAAGUCGACUGAUAUGAUCUCAGCCAUUGCCAGGUUUGCCAAGUUUUAUAAACACGAAUCAUGCGGUCAAUGUACACCUUGUCGAGAGGGUACGACUUGGAUGGAGAAGAUCAUGGACCGAUUAGUGGUUGGUCGAGCACAUGAACGUGAAUUAGAUAUGCUCUGGGAGCUUACCCGACAGAUUGAAGGACAUACCAUCUGUGCAUUGGGUGAUGCUGCUGCAUGGCCUAUACAAGGUUUGUUACGAAAAUUUAAGCCUGAAGUCGAAGCCCGAAUCCAAGAAUUCCGUAGCAAAAACGGACCAGUUCUUUUAGGCGGUAGACUUCAAUCUGAGGUACCUGCAAGUGAAGUGAUCCCGGACUCUUUCAGUGCAGGAUACGAUCGAAAAAAUCAACAAUCUCUCAAUUAGUCAAGUCUCAAUGAAGUUUUCUUCGUUGAUCGUUUCAAAGGCUUUGCAUGCUCAUUAGCAUGUUUUUAAAACUUCGUAGAGUUUCUAAAUUUGUGUGAUUUCUAUUUCUUUUUGUUUCACAACUUUCGAAUUUUGUUAUCUAUAUCUAUCUACAUUUCAAAUUUGCUUACAAUAUGAGUAAAUUGUAUCCAUUUUUUUGUUCUUUGGGUUGAGUUGAAGACUACAUGCCUCGGCUCCAAAAUUGAGCUUUUCCUCUUACCUUUAC